AUGUCAACACCAUCCAGUGGCCGCCCUACCCAGGGUGGCCAUAUUCAAGACCUGCACAAUUUGCUGCAAGGUAUGACACUGUCAGAUUCAUCAUUCGAUACCGUGACUUGGAGCCGCAAGACCACGGAAGAGUCCAUCAGCCUGUCGAGAUCAUCGUUCACGCCGUCCACGUCCACCAGCACUCGUUCCGUUCCGAAGAACAAAGCACCCAUUCCCCCUUCCACUUCAGCUCGCUCUACUGCUACACCAUCCCACCCUCAUCCUCAAGCUUCAUCGAUGGUUGUGCAGACACCCCGCCAAGUCACGGCCUCCAUUCCGAUUCCUAGUGCCAUCCGUCCUCCACGAGCCGAUCAGACACCCGAAGGAUUCUGGGUGAUAACGGUUGGGCAGGAAGUUGGUGUGUUUUACCGCUGGGCUGACGUUGCCGAACGAACAAAUUUUAUCAGCGGUAAUAUUCAAAAACGAUACACAUCGUUUCAGCGGGCAUUAGCAGCAUAUACAGCCAGCUAUGAUGAAGGCAGGGUCCGGGCGGUUCCACUGGCAGGUGGCCCUUUCUGGCCAUCCCCUCCAGAGUCCUCGCCCAACCCUCCUUCACCUACAUUGUCUAUGGGCUCAUCUGCGAGUGAAGACUCACUAUGGUUGCAGGUCGAAGACUUGACGGAGACAAUGAGCCAGCUUUAA